CGCUCACCCAGGGAAUACAUCCUACAAUUCAAGGAAUACCAUGAUGCACAUCGCCAUGCUCUCUACUGCAUGCCUCAUUUUUAUGGGCUGCAUCAAAGUAGCCGGUUCUACGACGCUCAACUCCAACGCUAUUAAAGUCGGUUCAGGUGCUGCGGGUUCCAGCCACCCGGUCAGCCCGAGUCCGGACGUGUCACCUUUGGACAGCGGCAAUCUGAACUUCGCCCUCGAUACACCGCAGCAGCCUUUAAUCUGCGAGAGUGAUGAGGAAUGCGGCGGAGAGGAGUUCUGCUUCCAGUCUCGCGGUGUCUGUCUCCAGUGCAAGAAGCGCAGGAAGCGCUGCAUCCGGGAUGCGAUGUGCUGUCCUGGCAACCACUGCAGCAAUGGUGUUUGCAUUCCAAAUGAUCCUGACAUGAUUCAGCAGCUUGGCAUGGAUGAGUUUGUCUCCACCGCCCAUGAAAACUCUACUGCUCUCAUGCCAUCGAAAGUUGCGACUCAAGGAUCCCCACAAAACCAGAUGCUGAAAGGUCUGGAGGGAGAGAACUGUCUGAGAUCAUCAGAUUGUGCAGAGGGACUUUGCUGCGCUCGUCACUUUUGGUCUAAAAUCUGCAAGCCUGUCCUAAAAGAAGGCCAGGUCUGCACCAAGCACAAGAGGAAAGGCACUCAUGGCUUGGAGAUAUUCCAGCGUUGCGACUGCGGGGAAGGUCUGUCCUGCAGAACGCAACGAGGAGAUGGCGGCAAGGCUUCACGGAGUCUCCACACGUGCCAGAGACACUAAAUGAACAUUCAAGGAAUUUUCUUUCACCAGCUCCCAGAGAAGCAGACUUGAGUCGAGGGAAGCAGGACUUGGAAUGGGAUACUCUGUUUUUCAACUGGCAACUGGCUUCUUCCAUAUUCUCGAGUCAACAUUGAAGAGUAGAUUUAAUUGUUUCUCAACGGAACUUAAAUGUUGCAGUAAAUUACUGUACUAUACUGUAAAUAAUACAAGGCAGUUGGCACUUAAAUAUUUUUGUCAACCCUGUUUUGAAAGAAGGUGCAUCAGUCUUUUCUAGUCUACCUUAAAUGUUUAUACAUUUCAUUCUACAGUCAUAUAGAGCUGAUUUAAAUGUCUAUUUUAUUCUAAAUAAAGAGCGUA